CAGCGCCCUCUGGUGUCCCUUCACCCUCCCUACAGGCUCCAGAAGGAGACGUGUCUCAUUUCAGAUUAGCUUGACCGGAUCUCCCACACAGUAACGGACCUGGAGAAAACAUGAAGAAAACAGACUCUGAGGUGACAGAGAACCCGUUCGAGCCUUACUAUGAAUCCCUUCGCCAGCAGAUGGAGGAGCAGGACCCUGUGGUUCUGGUCGGAGUUAUCGUGGCUCUGGCGGUGGUUGUCAUCACCUGCGUCUUCCUGAAGUACUUUCUAACCAGCAAAACAGUCCGGAGCGCCGUGCUGCUGGUGGGACUGUGUGACUCCGGGAAAACCCUUCUUUUUAUCCGACUGCUGUCAGGGAAGUUCAAACGCACACAGACCUCCAUCACAGACAGCAGUGCUCCAUACAAAGCUAAAAAUGACAGGGGCAGCACCUGGACCCUGAUUGACCUGCCAGGACAUGACAGUCUGCGGUCUCAGUACCUGGAGAAGUUCAAGUCUGCAGCCAGGGCUAUCGUGUUUGUGGUGGACAGCGGCAUCUUCCAGAAGGAGGUCAGAGAUGUGGCAGAGUUUCUCUACAUGUUGUUGACGGAUACGGUGAUCUGCAGAAACGCUCCAACGCUGCUGGUGGCGUGCAACAAACAAGACAUUACAAUGGCAAAAUCUGCCAAACUGAUUCAGCAGCAGCUGGAAAAGGAACUGAACACCUUGAGAGUGACUCGCUCAGCAGCUCUGAGCGCUCAGGAUGGCUCUGUGGGCGGCAGUGUUUAUCUGGGGAAAAAAGGUAAGGAUUUCGACUUCAGCCAGCUGCCCAUGAAGGUGAAGUUCCUGGAGUGCAGCGCCCGCGGCAGUAAGGGAGAAGAUGGGGACGCUGACGUUGAGAGCCUGGAAAAGAGCCUGGCUAAACUGUAAGAGCUGCAGCUCAACUAACUGGAUGAGCAGUUCUGCCUUAAGAGGUACAAACCUUGGACCGGAACGUCUGCCAUCCCCUCAAUAAUCAGAGGAGGGGUGACAUAUACUUCUCUGGGUCUGUGCAACCUCAGUUUCUCAACUCCAUUUAAACAUCUGUGCACCACAAGAGAGAUUUUCAAACAUGGAAAUCAUUCAGACUCACAAGCUUAACGGAUGAAUGGAUAAUUGUGGACGUUAUGGUUCCUCUGAUCUGGCUUGUUUGGUGCAAAGUUUUGUUUAGCUUCUUUGUGAAAUUUGUAAGAAAAGACUUUGCUGUUGUUUGACUGCAGUUGUUAAACAUAAAAGUGAAUUAUCUAAAGUUUGAGCUGUAAACUGCCUCGUAAAAAUAGACGGGUGUGCAUAGCAUUUCUUCGUUAACUUGGACGGUUUGCCGUGUUCCUUUCUUUCCUUGUCCUUAGUUUCAGUUUGAAAUGUUUUGUCGUUUGAAGAAGAAACAGCUCAGUUGUUUGAAAUCAUUGUUUGAAUAUUCUGCAUUUAAUGUAUGCUUUUACUGUACUUUUGUCUUAGUGAAUCAAACUUGUUUAAACAGAAAAGUUCAGUUUGUGUGGUUUUGUAAAUCAGGAAGGAAGGAUGGUCCAAUAAAAUGUUCAGAUACACACACAGUGUCAUACUGCAUAUCACAUGUCAGAAGCCUUAAAAUAAAUAAGUCUCUUAUUGCUGCA